GGCUUCACACGCAGGGAGGGAGAGCAGAGCGCCGCUCGCCCCGUUACAUAAGGACCCAGUAACGUGGGGGGGGGCCGCCAGAACCGGGUCCCGCCAGUACCAGCGUGCCGGGAGACACCGGCUCCCUUCCUCUCCUCUCUCCUUCUCCUCCCCCCCUCCUCCCCCUCCACGGGGGGGCCACUCUUUCGACCGACCAUGUUGUCUCUUGGAGAGCUUUUUUAGGAUUCCGUCUCUCAAAAAAAGUAAGCGAGGAUGACGAGGACGUAGAGGGACGAAGAGGAGGACGUGGUGGCGCGAAGAGAGUGAACGCUCUCCUCUUCUUUACAACCCCCCCUUCGAGACAGAUCGAGUUGUCCCCUCUUUGUCUUUUUCUCGUGUCGACUGGACAGUGAAGCUCAACUGAACUUCUGCUACAAGUCAACACAAAGCUCCGGACCAUGACCUCAACCUCUCCUCCCUCCUCCGAAGGCUCCUCCCCUCAGAAAGUAUGCCACUCCGAGACGCAGACCGACAUCACCAAGCCCCUGCUGGACUCCCCGGGUGGGACAGGAGGCGCCGGUGCAGGAGGAGGGUUGGCGGGAGCCGAAGGGCCCAACGCCCUGCGAAGGAGGCGCCGGGUCCUCUCGAAAGACGGACGGAGCAACGUUCGCAUCGAGCACAUAAGCGGGCUAGGGGCGCUGUACCUUCGCGACCUCUGGACGACUUUCCUGGACAUGCAGUGGCGCUACAAGUUCUUCCUCUUCGCUGCCACCUUCGCUGGGACCUGGUUUGCCUUCGGUGUGCUUUGGUACCUAGUGGCAUUGGUGCAUGGAGAUCUCCUGGAGUUUGACCCCCCGUCCAACCAUACUCCUUGUGUAAUGGAGGUUAAGACCCUGACGGGAGCCUUCCUCUUCUCUCUGGAGUCUCAGACCACAAUCGGUUACGGCUUCCGGUGCAUCACCGAGGAGUGUCCCGGAGCCAUUGUCCUGCUCAUCUUUCAGCUAGUCAUCACCAUGGUGAUGGAGAUCUUCAUCACUGGCACAUUCCUGGCAAAGGUUGCUCGUCCCAAGAAGAGAGGCGAGACUGUGAAGUUCAGUCAACACGCCGUUGUGUCAAAUCACGAGGGUCGACCCUGCCUCAUGAUCCGAGUGGCCAACAUGCGCAAAAGCCUGCUGUUAGGAUGCCAGGUGACGGGGAAGUUGCUUCAGACGUCGCUGACCAAGGAGGGCGAGACGGUGAGGCUGGACCAGCGCAAUGUGCCUUUCCAGGUGGACACGUCCACCGACAGCCCCUUCCUCAUCAUCCCCCUGACUUUCUACCACACCAUCGACGAGAACAGCCCUCUAAGGGCCUGGGCGGCGAAAGGCGGUGGCUGGACAGACCCGGACGUGGCCGACUUUGAGCUGCUGGUCAUCAUGAGCGCCACGGUUGAGCCGACCUCCGCCACCUGCCAGGUCCGAACGUCCUACCUGCCCGACGAGAUCCUCUGGGGCUACGAGUUCCCGCCCGUCGUCUCCCUCUCUCCCUCGGGGAAAUACGUGGCCGAUUUCGCCUUUUUCGACAAAGUGGCCGAAACCAAAACCCCACUCGUCUUCAAGCAGGCCUUGCCGCCGAGCCCGCCGUCGCGGGCGUCCCGUCUCCACAGGGGCCAGGAGGCCGGGGCGGACCCGGAGAAGAUGCGACUGGAGGAGAACUACAGGGGGGAGGAGAAGGGGCGAGGAAGGGGGCGCGUCAGAGACAGCAGCCCUCUCAGCGUGCGCAUCAGCAACGUGUGAGGGACGACAGAAACGGGAAGUGGUGACGAAAAAAGCAGAAAAAAACCACCUCCCCCGCUGGUGAAACCAAACACCUGCGAGACACCUGGAACCACAAGAUGGGGGAAGCCUGCCGAACUCUUCCAUGUGUGGAGGCAGUUGAAAGGGAGCAGCAAACCUCACGUGUACAAAUGUACAGCAACAGUCAUCCGUAGAGACACUUCUUUGGAAAGGACUUGAUUUACUGUAACUGGAGGAUGCUCGAACACUGCAAAACCCCUCACAUUUUGGGGUAAUUCCUGUCUAUAACUUAACCCUGUAUUGUGUUAGUAGUAACUCUGAUUCCAAUAGGAAUCAACCUAUUUCAAGAUUAUUCUAGAAACGAGCGUAUCUUCCUUGAUCUGAGGACGAAUACCAAAAUAAGUUUUUCUUUCUCUUUUAAAAAAUACUUGCAACAGGUGGAGAUACUGGAACCACAUUAUUUUUUUUAACAAAGGAUUCUAAUGUAUUGUGUAAUAUUUUAUGUACCCAAUAGUCUUAUAACAAUAACAAUAAUUUCUUAUUCCACCUGAAGACAUUCACUUCUUUCAUUUAAAUGUCUUUUCUCGUUUAGUGAGGAAAUAUGUUUAGUAAUAUUACUAAAAGCACUUUAACUUAACCGAAUGUGGCAUUUCACAUGAGGGGAAUAACUGAGCUGACACUUAAUGCACUGUACUAAACGAUUGCAUCUUGUGAUUAUGUUUGUUAAAUGUGUGCGUUGUGAUGCCGGAAAGUGAGUUAAAUCGUGUUUGUAUGAGUCUUAUUGUCUUAAACGUUGUGUACAGUAUGUGUGUGAUAAUGUACUUCGGUACAGUGUAUAAAAAGUGUAUUUCUUCCUUCAGUCCGUAUGUCCGGACAUUUGAUACGCCGCUGUGCAUUUUCAAUGUCCCAAGUUGUUGAUGCACAAGGUUAUUUCCGUUAAUUACAGCGUUUUUACCGCUGUUGUUUGAAAGUGUCCCUGAAUUCCGCCAAUGUUUUUUGUAUUGGAUAAGUACAUACAUUUGGAUAGAAAUUAUAUUUGUCUCCCUUUAUUUUACGUUAAAAUGGCGACACACGUUCAGAUUUGAUAGAAUUGGGAAACUUGUCCCUUGAGGACCAAAAAUAAGUCAUUUGAAUCUUUAAAUUAAAGAAUCAGAAAUGAUUUUUCAAAUGAAUUACCAGCAACUUGUUCUAGUCAUUUUCGUUAUAUUCAAUUAUUUUUAUUAGAAUGGUCAAUCAUGCAUGUUAUUACAAAUCUGCAAUAUACACCACGAUGUGUUGUCAAUGUGUGCUCUUGGUAUAAAUUAAGUGCCACAUUUAAAAAUAAAAAUCACCUGCUGCUCCAGACAAGCCCAAUGAAAACUAUUGAAAAUAACUGAAGAUAUUUCAGAAUAAAUGCUUCAUAUUGUAAAGCAUUCUGUGUACUGCACAUGGUUCCCUCACAUUGGUCUAACUUUAUAAGUAAGCACUUUCUAAGUGGCUGUUUUAAUAAAUGUAGCUCAUUUACAACGUG